AGACUACAGAAGCAGGAGUUGGUAUCAUUAGCUCAAUCGGCUCGGGAUGUGUUGAGAGCAGUAGUGGAGUCUGCCAGAAGUGAACUUAGUAGUUCUGGGAAUGAUGCAGAAGCCAAAGGGAAUCAGUCAUAACCACAAGUUGAAAGAAAGAAAAUUGUUAUAUCUAUUCAGGGAAAUGAUGGACAAAAGCAGUUCUGUGUUUAUUCGGAUGACAAGUUUGAGAAGCUCUUUAAAACGUACACUGAGAAGGGUCAGCUCAAGCUUGAAAACUUGGUCUUUUGUUUUGAUGGAGAUAAAUUAAGCCCAAAUGAAACACCAGAAGGCCUUGGCUUGGAGAAUGAUGAUAUACCCGAAGUUCAUGUAAAGUCAUGUUCGAGUUUUAAGAUCAUAAGUUUGUCUUACUUCCCUAUUCUGCAAUGUUGAAGUCAUGCUAACAUAGAAAAUAUUUGGAAUCACAGUCCGCCUGAUUCUAGUGUUAAAUUUUGGGGGGUUUUAUUAUUUUCUUUUGUUUUUGGAUAUAAUGUCUUCUGUAUAUGAAUGAAGCUGAUAGGAAAAAAAAAAUGGAUGGUAUUUGUUGAAAUGGCAGUUAUUAUUUGUGGCCCCA